UUAACAAAACUUUUACUCGAGAUGGGCGGAGAUUGUAAACUUGAGGUUGAUGAAAAUGUUAAUUACCUAAUUGCUGAAAGUUGUGAUAAUAAAUCGGAAAAUUAUAUCGCGGCACGGCGACUCAAAAUUCCUGUUCUUAUUCCGCGUUGGAUUCUAGAUUCGCACUCGAGGAAAGAUUCAAUGAUGGAUGUUUUCAGUGAAGAAUAUCUUGAAAACUACCGGAUUCCGAUAUUCUCUGGCUGCGAAAUUACAAUUUCUGGCUACACUGGCAGUGACCGACAAGAGAUAGGUCGUUUGAUUGAAAUGAAUGGAGGGAUAUUCUCUGGCCAAAUGAACAGAUCAAGUUGUACCCAUCUAAUAACUGCCAAUAAUUCUGGAGAAAAGUUUCGUCGCGCAAAAAAGUGGAAGAAUAUUUAUAUUGUUAACUUAGAAUGGCUUAAAAAAUCUGUUGAACAAAAAGUUCGUCUUGAUGAGAUUGAAUUUUCUUUUGAACCGAUUUGUAAGGUCGAAAAUGCACUAACUGUUGAUAUGUUACAACCUUCAAAAAAUGCUGCAGGCAGUGAUUUAGAACCGAUAUGUCAGGUUGAAAAUCCACCACCAGUCGAGUCUCUGCAUAAUGAAGAAAUAGUUGAAUCUACUAAAAAUAAACCUAUUGAAUCUACAGGCAAUGAUUUAGAACCGAUAUGUCAGGUUGAAAAUGCACCAACUGUUGAUGUGUUACAACUUACAAAAGAUGGACCUAUUAAAUCUACGGGCAAUGCUGUAGAACCGGUGUGUCAGGUUGAAAAUGCACCACCAGUCGAGUCGCUGCACAAUGAAGAAAUAGUUGAAUCGACUAAAAAUAAACCUGCCGAUUCUACAGUCAAUGAUUUUGAGCAGAUACAUAAAGCCGUAGAUACAUCUACCGUUGAGAAAUUUCACAAUCUUAAAGUAAUUGAACCUACUACACAAAAUGAACAUAUUGAAGAGAUUAAUAAUGAUGAGAUGGUAGAGAUGAUCCAUAAUGAGGAAUUGAGAGCGGAACCUAAAAUGAACGAAUCAGUUAAAUCUAAAGCAUUCGGUGGAGUUACGAUAUCGUUCGCAGGAUUGAGACGGGAAAGCCAGUUAACAAAGCUUUUACUCGAGAUGGGCGGAGAUUGUAGAUUAGAGGUUGAUGAGAAUGUUAAUUACUUAAUUGCUGAACGUUGUGAUAAUAAAUCAGAAAAUUAUAUUGCGGCACGGCGACUCAAAAUCCCUGUUCUUAUUCCGCGGUGGAUUCAAGAUGCUCACUCAAGCAUAGAAUCAAUGGGGGAUUUUUUGAGUGAGGAAUCUAUUGACAACUACAGAACUCCGAUAUUUUCUGGCUGUGUAACUAUUAAUUAG